AUGUCGAUGUGGAAGGUUUUCCCUGUGGAUGGUGUGGACGGCGGCGACUGCCAUAACUACAACGCCUUUGUGUGGCAGCAGCUGUUCAGCAACUUCGACCUGGAGAGCAACUCCGGCCCCACAAAUGUGGAUGAGGUCAACAAGACCCCCGGAUCCUGCUCUAUCCCCAUGAUCGGGCUCAAGCAGAGCAACGCGAGUGCAAAGGACACAGCCCUGUCAGUCAAGCUUGAUGCUCGCCGCACUUCCUCGUUUGGCGGCAGCCCGACUGCCUUGCAGGACGACGGGUACUCGAGUGAGGAUGAGCACGAAUCCCCUGGCGACCAGGCUGGGUCGGGCAGAAGCACCACGCCCUUCUACUCGUCGCCUACCACUACUGCCACCGCUAAGAGCGGCAGCGGCAGCUGUGUCGCGUCGGCGCAAAACAGCAGCGAUGCUACCGUUCCAUGCUUCUUCGUAAAUGGGGUGCGCCACAGCAUCGAGUCCCCCUGCAAGACGCCGGACUGGACGGUGGUGCCAGCGUCGUCGUCUGCGUCAGUGAGGCAGGUAUCCGUGGAAUCCCCUCUGUGGGCCAGCGCGCACAUCGACCCGUCCCCCAAUCCGGCGAAGACGGUUGUGGCAGGUAACAACUCAGGCGUGCCCUGUGCGUGGGUGUGCGCAGAACAGUCGACGACGCAGCCGCAGUCCUCGACGAAUCUGCCUCUGUACGCGAAGCCUCUGACACCGCCAGCUGGGUACGCGGUACCCGCCUCUCCGCCGUCGAGUGGAAUGAUGGGUGGAGUUCAGAGCACGUUUACCUUGCCAAUGGGCUCGUCCGCUUACGUGGCAAACACGGUUUCCGUCAUGCAGCCGCUCCCGGCGUCCGCCAUGCCUGUGGCUCAGCACGCGAGCACGCCGUCUUUCUUUCCGCAAAAGAACGACAGCGCUGCGAACACCUUUCCAGACUGCUCAAUCUUGGGUUUCGUCUUCAUGGACGGGGAGGGUUGCCUACGCCUCGCUCCGCAGGGCUGCUCUGCUCCAGCAUCUGCCCUGUCGGCACUGCCCAUGAUGCACGUCCCUUGCGGCGCGACAGCGUCCUCUAGCAUGCCACAGAUGCAAUACACCCCGAGCACCACGCCAGCUCAGCCGUGGCGCCCCGCCGCUGCCCCCGCCGCUGCCCCCGCCGCUGCCUCCGCCGCUGCUCCCUCCGCGUCACUCCCUUGCGCAAUGUCCUCUGAGGCGUCGGGAAAUACCAAGGCAUGGGUGUUUCGCGAUGGCCGCUGGAUCUCAUUGUCUAUUUGA